UCCAUAUAUAUAAAUCCCAUAUUGCUUAUAUAUAUUAUAUAUAUAUAUAUAAUAUAUAUAGCUUUAUCUAGGUGUAAGCUAAGCUUCCUAAAAAAUCAAUACCACCCAACAAGAAAAGAAGAAGAAGAAGAAGAAGAAUAUAGCAGCCGACUAUGGCGGAGGAGUUUCAGGCAGGGAUUUGCGGCGGAAACUGGUGGAAUUCAUCGAGAACCGCGUUUACGGCAUCCCCAUGUUCGGUGGGACUUAAUGAUUUGGGAAGCUUUGGAUGGCCGUGUGACAUGGUGGAUAUCAAGGCAAGGUCGUCGUCUUCUUAUGGGGAGACUAAUGGAUCAGUCGUUUGCGAUACUUCCAUUGCUUUUCAAGAUGUACAAAAGCCUCAAACUACUGAGUCUAUCACGGAUACUAAUAAUUCCACCACCACUGAUAGUAUUUUGAUUGAUUCUACUUUGCAAAUGAUGGGUUUUGGUCUUUCAACUUCCUCAACAACCUCGGAUUUAAGCCAGGCUUUGCUUUCUCGCAGUAGUAGUGGAAGAAUAGAGAAUAGCUAUCAUUCCAUGCUCCAACAAGACAUGGGAAACAAGUUGAAUUACCGGCGAGAAUCCGACGAAGAUUCUUCUCAAAUCCAUAAGGAUUGGAGCCCCGAGAAUUUCUCCGGCGGCGGUGGGGUAGGUGACGAUUCCUCCAUGAUGAAUGGUUUCAAGCCUAAUCAAGAUUUUACCCUAGACCAAAGCUCCGCGGGGACUGGCUCAGUGACAACUCAAGGCUUGUCAUCGGGUUUUCCCGUCGUUCCAGCUUCGUAUGGAUACGCUGCUUCGACACUGUUGCAGGGUUUCUUCGACGGCGAAUCGCAGCCACAGCAAAGUUUCAACAACCGGUCCAUGAAUUAUUCGUCAGCUUCGAAUUAUGGGACAAAUAAUAAUAAUUCGAGCAAUAUUGUCUCACCUUCUUGGCCUCGACUGGUAUCUCCCUUUCUAAGAUCCUCACAGCCAAAGCAACACACAGUUAGUGGCUUGAACUUCACCAAUAAUACACCCUUCUGGAAUGCCUCUGCGGCCGGUCUAAACGACAUUCGAGCUAGCCUUUUUCCUACUUCUUCACAAUCAACAUAUCUAGCAGCACCGACAAUCGAAGACAAACCCAACUGCCGAAACCUUACUACAAAGGUGAAUAGUAAUGAAGAUGUUCAAGACUCGGGAUCGGUGGCGGUGAAGAAAAGUGGAAAUGAACCUGUUUUCAAAAGACCUCGAAUCGAAACGCCUUCACCUUUACCAACUUUUAAGGUCCGGAAAGAAAAGCUAGGGGACCGAAUCACUGCCCUUCAGCAGCUGGUUUCGCCUUUCGGAAAGACUGAUACAGCUUCCGUUCUCCAUGAAGCUAUCGAGUACAUCAAAUUCCUUCAUGAUCAAGUCAGUGUUUUAAGCACUCCAUACAUGAAGAAUGGAGCUCCAAUCCAUCCACUACAGAGUUCGGAAAUCAAGGAUUCAGAAGGUCCAAAACAAGAUCUAAAAAGCCGAGGACUCUGUCUAGUUCCUAUGUCAAGCACAUUCCCAGUUGCUAACGAGACCACACCUGAAUUUUGGACACCGACUUUCGGAGGAACCUACAGAUAAUCACAUAUAUUCAGGUAUCGAUCUUCCUCCGGUGGAGCCGUACGAUUAGUACAAGUAAUAACAUAUUCAUAUACCAGUACCAGGGGAAAAAAGAAAAAAGAAAAAAAAAAAAGUUAUAAGCCGCAAUUGCCGUGCUGCACCAGUCUUUAAGUAAAGGCCAAAAGAAAAACAAUGAGGAAGAGAAGAAAAAAGGUAACGACAGUUGACAGCGGAGAGACAUUGCUGGGCCAGAUGCAAAGCAGAACGAUGUAGGCUAGCAAAUGAUUGGUGACCACUAAAUUAAAGAGAAUACAUAUAUAUAUAUAUAUAUUUCUGUAAUAAUCCUAAGUAUAAUAAUAUUUUCAAGGUGGGUUUAUGAACAGGAACAAAUGCUAAAUUUAGCGGAAGUCGACAUUAUUAGUUUUAGCUAGCUAAGGAGUAGAGUGUUUUAUAUAUUAUAUAUAUAUAUAUAUAUAUAUAUAUAUAUAUUAUAGCUGUUGAAGUUACAUUAUUUGUUGACAAAUAGCUGAAUUUAGCAGAGAAAAGGAUAAUGAAACGUCCUUAUGUUCCUGUUUAUCAAUGUAUGUGUACAAGUUGCACCACCACCUUUUGAAUUUGUUUAUUUUGAAAGAAAAAAGGAAACAAGAGAGAGAUAUAUAGAUUUUUUUUUUCUUUUUUUCUUUUAAAUAAAGGAAUUGUUGUUGGUAUUUUGAUUCUUGUUGCGAAGAAAAUAAUAAUAGGAAAGAAUGAUUGAGUGGAGCUUA